UCUGAAGGGGCGGGCGUUUUUGAUACUGUAGUUGGCACAGCAGUUGAAGGUUUUGUUAAUUAUGGUUUACCUUGGAUGGGUAAAAAAGCAGUUGAAAUGGGUCGGUAUGGAGCAAGUGAAUUAAUGAGAAAUAAAAAACUACAAAAGAAAGCUGUGAAUUGUGGAAUUAAUAAACUAACUCCAUAUAUUCAAGAUUCUGUUGGAACAGCAAUGGACCAGCUGUCAACCAAAGUUAGACCAAAUAAAAAGUAUAAAACUGAUAGAAAGGAUUUAGACGGUCGAUCGGGACGUGGAAUUGGAGGAGGUGUGAAUCCAACUUUACAGUAUGCUUUUGAUGAAGCUAAAAAUGGAGGGUAUAAGGGUAAUAUAGAUCAAUUUGCCAAAACAACUGGAUUAACACAGGAGUUAACCGGAGGAAAUCUUGUUGACGAUGCUGUCAAAUUUGCAUGAGGUAUAAGGAGCUGUAAAUAAAGCUAUUCAGGCUGAAAAAAAAACACCAAGAUUUUGUAAAAAGUGGAAGAAGGCAGCAUUUUGUAAAUAGUUGGAAUGCAGUAAAAGAAUUAGGUUACAAACAUAAAUACUUUACUUUCUAUUUAAGUUUGACAAAUAAACCACUUGGAUGGACAAUGGGAUCUGGAGUUGACAUUCACAAACAAAUACUAAAAGUAGCACCUUAUAGAGGAAUAACUAUACCAGGCCAUAAUUAUACUGGACCUGGAAAUCCUCUUCAUGAUCAACUUCGUCACGAUGAUGAGGGAAAUAUACUAGAAAUCUAUCAACAACCAACAGGACCAACUGAUGCAGUUAGUAUGCAACAUGAUGUUGAUUACACAGUUUGUGGAAAUAAACCUAAAAGUGAACAAUUA